UAUUCCGUAGUUCAGUUGGCGGAAAGAGCCGGUGUUUUUUGAAAGAAAGCAAUUUCUUCGUUUUGAAGAUAAUAUCACAAGGUUACAACAUCGCUGCAGCGAUUAACGAUCACUGGCGGGCGCUACAGCGUCACAAGCGACAUCCCUGCAUUGAACACCUCAUCACCUUCAAACGGCUGUGAGCGCGGGCCCGCCGCCUUAUCUGCCAAAGCAAGCAGGAGUGCUGGGAGCGGAUAACAGCAGGUUCUUCAGCUUGGGCUGUAAGCUAAAAAGCAUGGAUAAGCACCAAGUUGCGCCUGACGUUAUUGAUAAGGCCCCUACUCAGGUCUUGGAGGUGGCUUAUGGUUCACACAAAGUUAACCUGGGAAAUGAACUGACACCAACUCAAGUUAAGGAUAUGCCAACUGUUACCUGGCAAGCAGAGGAAGGAGCUUUUUACACUCUUUGUAUGACAGACCCAGAUGCUCCAAGCCGAAAGGACCCAAAAAAUCGUGAGUGGCAUCAUUGGCUUGUGGUCAACAUUCCAGGCUCAAAUAUUGGUGCUGGAGAGACACUUUCCGAGUAUGUUGGUUCUGGCCCACCAAAGGGUAGCGGCCUGCAUCGUUACUGUUUCUUGCUAUAUAAACAGCCAGGCAAAUUGACAUUUGAUGAAAAGCGCUUGACAAAUAGGUCAGGUGAGCAUCGUGGGAAAUUUUCUAUUCGAAAUUUUGCUAAAAAACAUGGCCUUGGCAAUCCAAUUGCUGGAAAUUUGUACCAGGCUCAGUGGGAUGACUAUGUUCCCAAAUUGUAUGAACAGCUUAGUGGAAAAUAAAUGAAUUGUGCUGCCUAUCAUUGGUGCAUAUUCUGAAUGCAAAGCACAUUGGGAAUUUGUUGUUGUAUAAAUGGCAUAUAUAUGAACUAUAAAUAUAUGUGGUUAAUUUACUGGUCACACUUAAAUGCAAAAGUAGUCAUUGUUGUGGGGCUCUUUAUUUUUCAGCAUUAAUUGUUGUUGUAUGCAGUUUGGUAUUCACAACUACCAUUGACAACUCUGUAUCUUUAAUUACACAUAUUGUUAUCUUGUCCAUUACAAUAAAUUCAGUCUUGCAUUUAA